GCACGUUGUUUCUGCCUCUGCCAUGUCGCCCUGCUGCCCCAAUCUCAUUUCGAAAAUGGCCGCUGUUCUGGACGAGGUUGGCAAAUCCGCCGAGAAACCAGUUGACGAGGAGAAGGAUGAUAUCGUUGAGGUAGAGGACGAGACCGGGGCCAGCGAGUCCUCGAAGAAGAAGAAGAAGAAGAAAAAGAAGAAGAAAGCCGGUGCUGGAGAGGCGAGCGCCGAUGUUCCUGAAGGAGAAGAGGAAAAAGGCAAGGACAAUGAGCCAGCAGCAGCCGAAGGAUCGGCAGAGAUCACCGAAAAUGGUGGUGAAACAGAGGAGACGAAAAAGAAGAAGAAGAAGCGUAAGCCUCGUGGAAAGGCUGGGGGAAUAAAACAGCAAACUGACCCUCCAACUGUACCUAUAUCUGAUCUGUUCCCUGACGGAAAUUUCCCAAUUGGUGAGAUUAUGGUUCAUCCUCCAGCGGCUGGAAUCGAUGAUAGGACAGCCAAGGAUCGUUUCAGCAGCGAGGAAGCUCGCGCUUUGGAUAGAAUGCAUAACGACAUAUACAACGAAGCCAGGCAAGCGGCUGAGGCCCAUCGACAAACCCGAAAACACAUCAAGAAUUGGGUCAAACCUGGGAUGACAAUGAUAGAGAUUUGUAAUGAGUUAGAAAAGACAGCGAGGCAACUCAUCGGGGAAGAUGGGUUAAAGGCUGGACUGGCUUUCCCUACGGGAUGCUCGCGAAACCAUUGCGCAGCCCAUUACACUCCAAAUGCGGGAGAUCCAACAGUUUUGGAGUACGACGAUGUGACAAAGAUCGAUUUUGGAACGCACAUUAACGGGCGUAUAAUUGACUGCGCUUUCACACUCUCAUUCAAUCCAAAAUACGAUAAACUAAUCGAGGCAGUUAGAGACGCGACAAACACUGGUAUAAGAGCAGCAGGUAUCGAUGUACAGCUUUGUGACGUUGGUGCUGCAAUUCAAGAAGUAAUGGAAUCAUACGAAGUCGAAAUAGAUGGAAAAACUUAUCAGGUGAAAUCCAUCAGAAAUCUUAAUGGGCAUUCAAUAGCACCUUAUCAGAUUCAUGCCGGAAAAACUGUACCGAUCGUAAAAGGCGGCGAAGCUACGAGGAUGGAAGAAAAUGAAUUUUACGCUAUAGAAACCUUUGGUUCGACUGGUAAAGGAGUUGUUCACGAUGAUUUGGAAUGCUCUCAUUACAUGAAGAGUUUCGACGCUGGAUUCGUCCCUCUAAGACUGCAGAGUAGCAAAUCCUUGUUGAACACAAUCAACAAACAUUUUGGUACACUGGCAUUUUGCAAGCGCUGGCUAGACCGUGUCGGUUGCACAAAGUAUCAGAUGGCGUUGAAGGAUCUUUGUGACAAAAAUGCGGUGGAGGCUUACCCACCAUUGGUAGACAUCCGAGGAUGUUACACAGCUCAGUUCGAACAUACGUUGGUGCUGCGUCCGACCUGCAAGGAGGUGAUAUCCCGUGGUGAUGAUUAUUAGGUGUGUCGAUGUAAAAUGCAGCUAACAACUCAUCCGUGGAUAGUCCUCAACGGGGGACAGAGGGCGAGCCCGUAAUAGUAUUCUAAAAAUUAAAAUCAGAUUUCUAACAAAGGCGACAAGACUUUGGUCCUCAUGACACGUCUGGAAAAGUAAAAUUCCACCUUUGUAUCCUCGUCUUGAAACUCUCUUUGAUUUUUAUUCGUAGAAGUUAGAACGGGAUCCUCUAUGUCAAAUGCUACUACCGAAUGCGUUUAAUAUUUUGAAAAACCGAGUGACUAUUUUUUGUCAUAUGUAUACGUAUGUGUACAACAUAGCCAUGUAUAUAUGUGUAUAUAUAUAUGGAUGAUACAGUAUACCCGCAUUUGAUCCAGACUUGUUUUCCAUUAUUAGUUUGUUCUUUUUUUUUUUGCGUUUUUUCAUGCAACAUGCUAAUGUUAGAAACCCAUUUAUUCAUAUUUAUGUAUCGCUAUAUUUCAGUACCAGAAUUUUCUUUUUUAUACGUACAGUUGUGGUUUUCCUAGUGGGUUGAUAGAUACGACCGCAGUCCUUAAUUAGAGGGAAAAAAUAAAAUGACAUCAAAACACAACAGAAAAAAAAUUAAUGUUAAUGUUAAAUAAAAUAUAUUUGGGAAUUAUAACUGUACAAUGCUACGUGUGUGUUUUUAUUAGACAUGUUUAGGCAAUAUUCAUAUUGAUAUAUCUAACAAUAAGUUGGAUACAAACUAGCACAUCUCUUAAUUUCAGACAGUACGUUUAAGUUCGGUAUAGAAAAAAGAACACUUGUUUUAAAUCCUCAAUCUCUGGCUCCGUUACAGAAUGUGUGUAGGGUGUACAUUAUUCUACUUCAGAAUGUUGGAAAGAGGACCUGGUAAGGCAUUUUAUUUUGUAUGUGUUGGGCGUAGGUGGUGGUUCCUAUACAGGCAUUACAUAUUAGCCAGCUAUUUAGCUAACUGCAGGUAGUGGUAAUUACAUUAAUAUUACUAAAUACGUUUCAUAUU